AUGCGCAGGGUGUUUUUGGACACUUCUCAGCAAUUGCUAAAGGAGGGGAGAGAGUCACAGAAGCUGGUACUUGUGGUGGUAUUUGUUGCUCUGCUUCUGGACAACAUGCUGCUUACUGUAGUGGUGCCCAUUAUACCCAACUUCCUGUAUGCCACAGAAUUCAAAGAAAUCAACGCUCCUCUCUACCUUGGUUCCACCACAAUUUCUCAACAUGUCCUUACUUCUCCUACCUUCUCCACCAUCUUCUUCUUUGAUAACAACACUGUGGCUAUCGAAGAAAGUGCACCCAAUGGCACAGCAUGGACAGAUGACAAUACUGACACCAUCCCCCCUCCAGUCACUGGAGCCAUCCCAGCACAACAAAACAACUGCUUGCAAGGCACAGAGUUUCUGGAGGAAGAGAACAUACGGGUUGGGGUUCUGUUUGCUUCAAAGGCUCUGAUGCAACUUCUGGUCAACCCAUUUGUGGGACCUCUCACCAACAGGAUUGGAUAUCACAUCCCCAUGUUUGCUGGCUUUGUUAUCUUGUUUCUCUCCACAGUUAUGUUUGCUUUUUCUGGUACCUAUACCCUACUGUUUGUGGCCCGAACACUUCAAGGCAUUGGAUCUUCAUUUUCAUCUGUUGCAGGUCUUGGGAUGCUGGCAAGUGUCUAUACUGAUGACUAUGAGAGAGGGCGUGCCAUGGGAAUUGCCUUGGGGGGUCUGGCUUUGGGAGUGCUGGUGGGAGCUCCUUUUGGAAGUGUGAUGUAUUCGUUUGUUGGGCAGUCUUCACCCUUCCUCAUAUUGGCCUUCCUGGCACUACUGGAUGGAGCACUCCAGCUGUGUAUCCUACAGCCUUCCAAAUUCUCUCCUGAGAGUGCCAGGGGGACUCCUCUCCUUACACUUCUCAAAGACCCUUAUAUCCUGGUAGCUGCAGGCUCCCUCUGCUUUGCUAACAUGGGAGUGGCCAUGAUGGAGCCCACACUGCCCAUCUGGAUGAUGCAGACCAUGUGCUCACCCGAGUGGCAGUUAGGUCUUGCUUUCUUGCCUGCCAGUGUGUCCUACCUCAUUGGCACCAACCUCUUUGGUGUAUUGGCCAACAAGAUGGGUCGGUGGCUGUGCUCCCUGAUUGGGAUGAUUGUAGUAGGCACCAGCUUGCUUUGUGUUCCUCUGGCUCACAGUAUUUUUGGUCUCAUUGGCCCCAAUGCAGGGCUUGGCUUUUCCAUAGGCAUGGUUGAUUCCUCUGUGAUGCCCAUCAUGGGACACUUGGUGGACCUGCGUCACACCUCGGUGUAUGGGAGUGUCUAUGCCAUAGCUGAUGUGGCUUUCUGUAUGGGAUUUGCCAUAGGCCCAUCCACUGGGGGUGCCAUUGUGCAUGCCAUUGGCUUCCCAUGGCUUAUGGUCAUUAUUGGGGUCAUCAACAUCAUCUAUGCUCCUCUCUGCUACUACCUGAGAAGCCCCCCAGCCAAGGAGGAAAAUCUUGCAAUUCUGAGCCAGGACUGUGCCAUGGAGACUUGGAUAUGUGCAACUCAGAAGCCCACAAGGGAAUUUCCUCUGGGCGAGGACAGCGAUGAGGAGGCUGGCAGUGAAGAGUAGUAGGAGAAGGUGGUCUCUGAACCUUGUCACAUGCGGAUACAUCAGCCUUGGACUUCAGUGACCAAGGUGACCACCUCCUUUUCUGAUCACCAGAUCACCAUGGGCUGCUCAAUAGACUUCAUUUCUCUUUCCCCUUGGUAUCUCCUUUUCUCCCCUCCCUAUGGGUACAAUUUCUUGGUUCUCUUCUUACCUGUGUAACCCAUAGUUCUUCCUCUAAGCUUUGUGGCUUCAGGUGCCCAAUUUUUAUGGGAGAACAUAGUGACGCUUUUUCCUAGGCUAUUGUGAGGCUGAUUAAA